AUGUUUCGUGCAUUCGUGAAAAACAGGAUUGGAAGCUAUGUAAAUAGUAACCAUAUUGUCACAAUGGAGGGGGGUGAAAUCUGCAAGCCUAAAUAUGAAGUAUUUGGUUUAGAAAUGAAUGGGAGGAAAGACUUACUGAGCAUUGAUGUGGCCGAGGGCAGAGGAAGGAACAUCAAACUUUCAGUAACAAACCUGCAUAAAAUGGAUGACUACAACCAUGAGUAUAACAACAAAGGAAGGGAAUUGUCCAUCAUCUCCGAUGACCUAACUAAUUUAUCAAGUACUGUUGAAGAGAAGGCAAAAUGGAUUUUUAACAAGAAGAUCAAGGAAUGGUUACACCAAAUUCUUCAGAAACUGCUUAUGGACCCUCUCGAGUUGAACUUUAUCGGUAUAAAAAAUAUGAUUUCUUGUUAG